GCGCGCUGGUCGGCGGACAACGCCAUCGCGAGGCUGUCGCAGGAGCUCUCGCGGUUCUGCGACAGCAUGGAGGCAGCUGAGAUGGUCUUACGCAGCGUGGUCGGCAGCGACGAGGUCGCCCCGCGGCUGCAGGCGUUGCUCCCCACCCGGCAGGCGAAGCUGGCAGGGAGGGAGCCCUCCUGGCUCGAGGCCCUCCGCCGCAACGCGGCCCUGCACGCGGACGCACAGGGCAUCAGCGUGGCGACUGCGAGGCUCGUGGUGCAGGAGGGGAGGCUGCGCGCGGAGGCGCCCGUCUUCAUCCCGUCGGUCGUCACCGUGGCGGCCCCUCGCUUCGAGGACGCGGCUGCGACGGAGGCCCUGGCGGACCUCGAG